GGCGCCAUCUUAAAUUUUUUUUUCAUACACAAAAAUAUCAUUUCACGGGGAAAAUAAGUUGCUCGCAAACGGAGCAAACCGAUGGAACAGUUUCUUUUGUGAUUGUUUCAACUAAUUUCUCGACAUUUUCGCUGGAAAUUCAGUAGAUUUAAGAUUCGAUUUUGUAAAUAAAUGUGCGAAAAAUUGAUGGAAUAGUGGAGAAUUGCGCCGAAACUAGAGAAAAAGGUGUCUGGGCGCAAAUUGAACUUUGAUAUAGCUACUGCUUUUUUUGUAUGGUGUACAUAAUAAAGAUUGUGAUUUGAGUGAGAGAAAUGUGUCGUUGAUCGCCUCAUAAAUGGGAUAAUGAACUCCGAUUCGAUUUCGAAAUGUGACAGAAGACAGAGUGAAUAAAUGGGAGGAAACAUGUGUAAAUGUUCUAAAAAGAUAGUGUUUGAAAAUAGUCGACAGUGAAUCAUAGUGAAAAGUGGUUGAUGCAAUUUUGACAAGCAAUAGCUGAACUAUGAAUAUAUAUAUAUAAAUGUAGUUUCAUCACAUAACACCCAUCGAAUGAGAUAAUUGUUUUCAUAAGUUAAAUUGAAUGAUUUCCAUUUUGAUUGAGACAUUAUUCCAACGCACACACAGUAACGAAAUACACAGCACCAACAGAAAAAAAACUAUUCAGGUUUAAGUGGCCAACGUGAAAGAGAAUAGAGUGAGAAAAAAACGAGCUGUGAAUUGCAUUUUAUAUUGACCAAAUGGAAUGGCAGUAGCAAUGUGAGCUCAAAGGUUUCCAAAUGGGAUCCAUCACUGAACAAUCGACACCUUAACAUGACACAAACACAAAAUAAAAACAACAUCGAAGCUGUGUCCUAUAAAAUGAGUCUGAAGAAAACGGGCCCAUCAAAUGACAGUACUACUUCUUCUGACUCGGAUGACGCAACCGAUUCAUCGUCAAGCAGUAGCAGUAGUUCGAGUAGUGAGGCAUCAAUCGAUCAAAAAGCACCGUCACAAACAAAGUUCAGCAUUUUGAAGAAUGACACCGACUCUGGUCUUCGUAUGAAAAUUGCAAUACCAAAAAUACCGCCACGACAAACCGAUAGCCAUACGGAAGAUACAAAUGCCAAUCGAAAACCAAUGAAUAAAGAGUCGAAGGAGGGUAUGAGUGAGCGUAAAACCAUGCAUAACAUGUUGUCGAAGAAGCAACGACAAGACUCAACAUCGAAUUCAUCGUGCUGUUCAGCAUGCACUGAAAGUGAUGAUGAUAGCGAUUCAAGCUCUCUAUGUUCAAAGAAUAAAAUCACGCCAAAAUCACUGAAACACAAUUCCAACAGUAAACUGCAUAAAAAUGGCAGUAACAUUCGAAGGAAUGUGACCGCAAAACGAGUGCAGAAAAAGGCAAACAUCGAAACAAGCGACUCGAAUUCGGACUCAAGUGAUGAGUCAAGUGACAGUGAACCGAACGAGAAGCGAUCACCGGUAUCCAAAUCCAACAAACAAACGUACAAAAAUGACUUUCUCAAGUCAGUCGCUAAUCAAAAUCUCAAUGCCGAUGGUGCAUCGUCGAGUGACAUGGAAUUGCCGGCCUUGGUUAUGGCCGCCAUUCAACGCGUUGAAAGUUGCUCCGAUGGUGAGAACUCGAAAAUCGAACAGAAAAGCAGCACACAAUACACAUCGUCACUAUUGCGUGAUUUUGUCGCAAAAACACAAAUGAUGGGAUCAAAUAUACAAAAUUCAAAUCACAUGCUAAACUCAAAGAACGACCCAAAACAAAGUAAUAACGAUAAAACGGUGGCAAAAGGAGAAGAAACCAAUGAAACGGUGAAGAAAAAACGAGGUCGUCCGCGCAAAAAUCCUCUGCCAAACACAAAUGAAUCGGCCAGUGUAAAUAAUGGAUCGCCUGAUUCCGGCAUCACAUCCACACCACAGAGUCCGGUACCAUCGAUCAGGAGUAACAGUUUGAAAUCCACUAAGAAAUCAACGGGCGCUGUAGCUAAGAAAAUCGACAUUUCAACGUUAGAGAAAAGUAUUUAUGCAACCGAACGUGUAUUGUAUCCACCGCGUCGCAAGAAACAAUCUCAGGCUCAGCAACAAACGGAGACAAUGUCAAGAAGUCACGAUGUCCAAAGCACUGAAAAGGUUGAUCCAAUAUGGCGAAAAAUCGAUAUCAACAAGAAAUUUCGGCGACCAAGCGAAUGUGGUUAUCGUAGUGAUACAAAUACAAUUUGCAGCAGGGUCCUGGCAGCUCAAAGCGGUUACACAAGUGAUUAUUGCAAUGUGAAUCGUCGUAUGUUGUCCGGCUAUAAAAGCGAUUACAGUUGUAAAAGCCGGCGCAGUGGUUACAAGAGUGACUACAGUAUCAAGGCAAAAUCAUGUGGCUACCGUAGCGAUUGUAGUACGAGGCAUCGACGGAAAAUUCGACGUAAACGACGAACAAAGACCGUGUCGAACAAACCAACACUGAACGACCAAGACAUUUUAAUGUUGGCCGGUUUGAGUUUGGGGCAUAGUGACGAAAGUAGCCUUGAUUCAUCGGAUAAGCCACAAGCCAAAUCAAAAUCACCUCUCAAAACCACCUUAGCAUCCAAUUCGAUCUCAAAUUCGGCAAAGAAAACGGCACAAACCAAAGUUCCUGCUCAAAAAACCAAGGCGGAUGACAAUUCGAGCAAUCAGUCUGAACGUGUGGCAAAACACAAAAGCAACACCAGUUUCGACAGUAUGCUGCUCACGAUGAACGAUUCAGUAGCAACGAUUACGUCAAGCAUUUACAAAGAUGAUUUAAGUUCGCUGAAAUUGGAUCGUAUCAAACCCGGUCUGAUUCGACGACGUCGAUCAUCAGCCGUGAGUCAUUGCAGCAGUCAUUGUUCCACAAGUUCAAGGCAUCCGUUCCGAAGACGUCGCAGAAAGCGCCUCAAAUCCACCACCGAUCAAGUAUCUGAAUCGAAUUUGGCCAAAAUCAAUCAACAAAUCGAAUCGCUCUCCACCUCGUUUACAUCGUUGUGCGCCAUUUAUGGCGAAAAACCAACCCGUGACAAAGAAAAGGCUUCGUCACAAACCAUCAAAAUGACGGGAUCCCGACGAACGGGCAAAAAGCGUAAAACCAAUCAGGAAAAUACUGAAGUGCCAACAGUCAAUGCAACCACCACUUCCAAACGACGAAACAAAAAAACGGUGCAAACGAAAAGUCCUGACGAUCACAAAUUGCCAUUGAAGAAACGACACUACCUGUUAACACCCGGAGAGAAAAAUGACAGUGUAAAUGCGGAUGAGAAAGCUGGCGAACAAAUAGAACCCGAUAACGAGACUGACGCGGCUUCGGGAAAAGCAAUCACACCGAAGAAGAGGCAUUUGCUUCAAACGCCGGUUGAUUUAAAUGAUGUCGUUGAUUCGACCGAUGCGACCAGCAAUAGCACAUGUAAAGAUUUGCAAGAAAUUCAAGCAUCGGUUUCCGCAUCAAUAACUGGCGAAAUGGCUAAAACGGUGCCGGCCAAAGGUAAUUCACAAUCGAAGAAAAGUGAAAGUACCCGCAAGAAGAGCCGACUAGAAGUGUCAACAUCGAAAAUAUCACCGAAUACGCAAAGCACUGCCGCUGAGUUGACAGCAAAGCCGGCUGCAUCGAAAAACUCGGCGCAACGCUCAUCCAAGGCAUUAACUACAAAGUCAGCGCCGAAAAGUUUAACCACAAAAUCCUCGCAACCGACACCAACCGUAACACCAAAAUCAAAACAAACGUCAUCAAAUACUCAAUCACUUGAACACUCGUCAAUUUCCAAAGCAAACAAUCAGCGAUUGAACCAUGCCCGCAAUAGCAAAGAAACAGCUCCACCGCCCGGUGUGUUUGAACCAACCAUCGAUCUAGAACUGCAGAUUCCAUUCACUGAAAUUCCAAUUCCACCACUGGCGCAAAAAUCCACCGGCGAAACAAAUCGCAUUGAUAAUAAAGCAUCGGCCAAGAACAAAGCAACUGCUGAAAGGGGAGUCGUCGAAAAACUGCUACAUCGUACCGGUGCCGCAAUGAAAAUCGGGAAGAGAAAGCGCAAAAAACCAAAUCGAACCGGUUUCCCAACGUUGAAAAAGAAAAAGAAACAAAUCAUCAAAGCAAUUGAAAUUGAAGCCGAAACCGAUCCGGAGGCUCUCAUCGAAACCAAUGUUAUUUUGGAUCAAAGUAAAAUUCUCACCUGUGAACCGAAAAUCAUUUUGAAUUGCCUAGAACCGGAUCAGUUGAAGAAACUAAGAGAGGACUGUGAUCGUGUGCCAUCGGAAGGAGAAGCAACUGGAACAUUCAUUGAACGUAAUUCCAAAUCUCCACUCCCUGUUGCUGGCUCAGAUCGACCGAGGGGAAGACCAAAAUCAAUGGGUAAAAAGCCAAAAGCUGGUGCAAAGACUGAGAAAACGCAAAUGGAUGUCGAUGACAUUGCGGAGGCAAAUGAUACGAAACAAAUUGGAAAGCGAUUCAAGCAAAAAUAUGUUGAUGUAAAGACAAAGGAAAAACAAAAGGAUAAUACGGUUGAGAAUGUGUCAGCUCCACGACGUGGUCGACCACCUUUGCAUAGAGAAGAUAAUGCCAGUGUUGUGCCAGCAAAAAUUCCAAAACUCUCAAAACAACAAGUGAACAAUAGCAAAGAGGUGUCUGCAAAACCGGCAGCAAUCACUAAACCAUUAGGGCGCAAUGCAAAAUUAAAGCUUGGCAAGAAGGAGAACGAGGCCGCUGCUUCGAAGAAAGAACAAGAAAAUGUGACAGCAUUGGUUGAAAACAAAAAGUCAUCGGGUGAUCAAUCGAAAUCAGAGAAAAGUGUUAAGCGUACCGUAAAUGGUCGAAUCAUUGCAACGGCAAAUCGAAGAGUCCCAUUGCCAAUUGAGCGUGAAAAAUCGGAAAUCGAAGACGAUAAUAAAAACCGCAAGAAAUCACGACGUGAAAUUGUCGAUGAAAACAAAACUGAAAAUCAAAAGAAUAAAAAUGAUAUUCAGAAGCGAAUUGGUUCGUCGAGCAUUCACAAUGACACAAAUGUGGUUGAAAAGAAGCGUGCACGUACCGAUAAGAGUGACACGGCCAAAAGUCCAAGCACAAAGGACAAAGUUCAGUUGUCCGAAUCAAAACCAAAAUCGAUUGGCAAAGAAACGGUUACCGAUCUCAAUGAUAUCGUUCCAGUUGAUGAAUGGGUCAAGCCAAUGGAUCAAGAUCCAUUGCCACCAGAGGAGAAUAUCUAUUACGGUGAUUCAUCCGAUGAAUUGACUCCCGUCAACGAUAGCAAGAAAUCUCAUACAAAACUGAAGAAAAAGUAUUUAGUGGCCGGUCUAUUUUCCAACUACUACAAAACCGAUGUGCCACUGCCGAGCGACAAAUCGAAAAAUUCCACCGAUAAAAAGGCUAACGAUGAUGAACCCGUGUGUGGACCUCAUUUGCCAAUGCCAUUCUUUGAUAAGUACCUGCUUCAUACAAAAAGUGACUUUACCUUGCCAUACGAUUUGUGGUAUGCUCAUGUUAACGAUAAAUUAUCCGGUCGCAACAUCGUUCACAGUUGGAACUUUAAGAAGAUUCGAACAAACAUUUAUGCGGAUUCAGUAAAGCCUAUCCAGUCACCCGAUUUGCCACAAUGCAGCUGCAAACCGGACUAUGAGUGUGGGGAUAACUGUUUGAAUCGAUUGGUGUACACCGAAUGCGUUCCCGAAACGUGUCCGUGCGGUGACAAAUGCCGAAAUACAAAGAUUCAGAAACACAUUGUUGCGCCGGUUGAACGAUUUAUGACCCAAUGCAAAGAUGGAUCAUCCAAAGGAUGGGGUGUAAAAACGAAUCAAAUCAUCAAAAAAGGCACCUAUAUCUUAGAGUACGUCGGUGAAGUGGUUUCGGAGCGCGAAUUCAAAGAACGUAUGGCCACAUUGUAUAUCAACGACAUUCAUCAUUAUUGUUUACACUUGGAAGGUGGUCUAUUUAUUGAUGGACAUCGCAUGGGUAGCGAUUGUCGAUUUGUUAAUCAUUCGUGCGAACCGAAUUGCGAAAUGCAAAAAUGGUCAGUUAAUGGAUUGUCUCGAAUGGCUUUAUUCGCAUCGAGAGAUAUUCAGCCGGGUGAGGAACUCACAUAUGAUUAUAACUUCUCGCUGUUUAAUCCGGCCGAAGGACAAGUUUGCCGAUGCGACUCGAAAAAUUGUCGCGGUGUCAUUGGUGGCAAAUCACAAAGGAUUCGACCCAUUGAAAAUAAGACCUCCGACAAAGUCAACGACAAGAAGAAGAGUCGUUUAAAACGUCUUAAACAUGGAGGUGCAGCAAAGAGUAAAGGUUUUAUGCAUUCAAAAGCACGACGCUCACAUUUCCAACUGCCGAGUGCAAAAGAACAGUCCCUUGCUGUCGAAGGUCAUUGCUUCUUGUUGCGAAAUUUGAAAAAGAUUCGUAAUGCAAACUUGAAAAUCACACACACACAAACACAGACCUAUUCAAACAAUCUACAAACGUCAUUAACGGCUAAAAUCUCUGCGUUGCGUGUUCCACGUAAUAUUCGAACUAGGGGCGUAACCAUUGCCGAACAUGAUCCAGUCGUUGAAAAAACAGUUCGAAUUGCUGGUAUUCUACGUGAAAUUUGUGAAGAAUUGAACAGUUUUAAAGAUGCUUCGGGUCAGUAUGCCAUUACAAAAUUUAAUCUACCGUCAAAGAAAAAGAAUCCUCAGUAUUACGAAAAGAUAGCAAAACCGAUUGAUUUAUCGACCAUUGAGGCAAAUGUCGAAAAAGGAAUAUAUGACCGACCGGCUUUGUUCGAUGCCGACGUGAAUCGCCUAUUUGAAAAUGCCAUUAAGUACUACGGAAAUGAAUCACCGGAAGCAACAAUCACAAUGCAAUUGCAAACUGUGUACGCGCGAAAGAAGACCGAUUUGUACAGUAAAUUGGUGGCAAUUUGCGGCGAAUCGCCUGAAUUGAGCACAUUGCUAGAGACACAGUCGGGUCCAUUUUUGUGCUCAGUUGAAGAUCCGAAUGAAGAUCAUAUUCGAUGCAUUUGUGGUUUGUUCCGCGAUGAGGGAGUUAUGAUUCAGUGUUCAAAAUGCAAAAUAUGGCAGCAUGCCGAAUGUACGGGUGCCGAUACAAAGGCGGAUGACUAUUACUGCGAAAAGUGUGUGCCACGUGAAGUUCACUAUGAAAUUCCAUUGAAGGAUAAAACCGAAGAAGGUUACCCGUACUAUUUGUCACUGAUGCGUGGAAAUGAUCUUCAAAUUCGGCAGUCAGACACGGUUUAUGUGCUGCGCGACAUUCCAAUCGAAGGAUCAACGGAUGGCGACAAAACCAAAGCGCAAAAGCAUACAUACGAAACAAUCGGCGAUAUUGAUCACAAUGAAUGCGACAUAUUCCGUGUGGAACGCAUGUGGAAGGAUCACGAUGGUCGUCGCUUCAUCUAUGGCCAUCACUAUUUGCGACCACAUGAAACGUAUCACGAGCCAACACGUAAAUUCUACCAAAAUGAAGUGGUUCGUGUUCCGCUAUAUGAAGUGGUGCCGAUCGAAUUGAUUAUGGGCCGUUGUUGGGUCAUGGAUUUGAAUACAUUUUGCAAAGGGCGUCCAGUGGAUAGCAUCGAAUCACAUGUGUACAUCUGUGAAUUGCGUGUCGACAAAGCGGCGAGAUUAUUCUCGAAAAUAUCCAAAAAUCCAUACCCAGUAUGCACCAAAAGCUAUGCAUUCAAGAAAUUCCGGCAGCGGCUAAAGAUAACACGCAGCUUUUUGCCACACGAAGUGGGUCAGACAGCGGUAAAACCAGUUUUGAAGAAACGUCGAAAUCCCGAUGAAAUUUCAAGUCAACCGGCGAAAAAGCCAUCAAUGCCAAUAGUUCAGCUGAUGCCACCACCACAAAAAACCAUAAACGAGAGACGAACACGAUUGGAACAAUUCUUGGGCCAUUUGAUGGAUAAACAGCGAGCGUUGAACGAGGAUAUUCAACCGCUUGACUUGUCAUAUUUGCUGACUGGACGGGGAGCGCGACGACGAACGACUGCAACAAAUGUGCCUCAUUUAAAUUAAGAUUUGUCAAUGGAUUGAGAAAUGUUGACAGGAAGCCUCACCACAAAACUCACUUCAUCGAUUCUAUAUCGAUCAAAUUAGAAUACAUUCGUUUUUCAUUGCAAACCGAACCUUUUUCAGCUGUUGAGCUGAAUUCGAACAUAUUUUUCUUUGAACAGUAGGGUUUUUUUUGUUGAGAAUAUAUUUUUUCGGUUAAUUUAUUUGAUUUUUUGUUUAAAUUAUAUAAUUUAUAUCGAUUCAGCGAACCAUGAUGUAUCAUAUAGGGGAUAAAGAUUAAUUGUAUUUAACGAUAGCAGAAUGCAAUUUUUGGACCGAUGUAUAAUGAUUAGGGAAAAACACAAACAAACAAACAACAACAACAACUGAAAAAAACACAAAACACAUUCAAGUGAAUUUUGGAACUUUCAACUUUUUGGAAUACGAAUUACAAAUUAGUUACAUUGAAAAUGUAAAAUAAGUCGUUGUAGGCUUUAAGUUUUAUUAGAUACUUUUUUCAUGGCUCUUUUUUCUAUGAGACAAAUAAUUUGCUCACUUUUUUUUCAAUUUGCCUUUAAAUCUCAUUAUUAUUCGAAGAUUUUUCCCUUUGUCAUUGAAAUCAUAAAAGAAAAUACUGCUGAAAAAACACACAUUUAAGAAUAAAGUAAAUUAUUUCUUGGAAAUUUGAUUAGAUACAUAAA